AUGAUUGGAGAGACAUGGAUCAAUGAAUGUCCGAGAUUGUACAAAAUUUACAAAAAGGUCAUUACAGAGUUAGUUUCUGGUCAACAACCAAGGUGGCACAAAGGUGUGGCUGGAAUUCUUUGCACAGAUGCCAUGGUAAAUUACUUCUGUAUGAUACUUGAAAGAUUGGCAUGCUCAAUAAAUAUAUUCACUCAUGCUCACUAACAUCAUCCUUGUUUAUCUUCAUUUUUUAUGAGGGAAAAAUAAUUUCUAGCGGACCACUACUUGUAAUAUAUUUUUCUGGUGAUUCAGUUCCAUAGGAUUGCCAUUGGUCAUGUUCAUGAAGAGCAUUUGAAAGAAAGUAUUCAACACAUGGUCAAAUAUGGCUCUUUGAAAGAGAGCACUGAAAAAGAAUCGUCGUUUUGGACCCGUUUGGUGACAGAAAUCUGA